UGCUGAGAGAGGAGAAGAGCUUCUUCAGACACCAGACAACGUUUCUUUGAGGAACCAAUCACAAAUCUAUCAGCAGAUUGAGAAGACUUAAUUCAUUCAUUUGAUUCAAUCACAACUUGGCACUUCAUUCAGAAAGAACAUGCUUAUUAAAGUUAUGCUAUUUGUGUCAUUCUUGACUGUCUCAGCCAAUCCACUCCAUCGUAACACCAGAGAAGCUCCCUGGGCAGACUCAAGAAUAAACCAGGCCCAUGAUAAAACUGAAGUAUCCAAGAGCAUGGAUUCAAGUUACAAAAGCCACAUAGAUAGCAACAAUUUGUACAGCCAGGAGGAGGAGGGCAAACACCCUGUGGCAGCAGAAGUUCAGCACAAACUGAGUCUGGAGUCAGAGCGUUUGAGAGUGCGUCUUCACCAGGAGCUGGCAGAGCUCAGAGAAAAGCUGUCUCCAUCAACCCACGUCAGCUCAACUCUUAGCGGCCUCAGAGAGCGACUGGCCCCUCUCAUGCUGCAGCUCCAGAGCUCCCUCAGCUCCAGCACCCAGGAGCUGUGUAUCCAGGUGCGUGUGCACCUGCAGAGCAUGGAGACUGCAGAAACUCCAGCUGAUGAUGGACAGAAGAUCUUACAGAGGAUAAGUCAGACUCUGGACCAAAGCAGCUCCAAGAUGGCUGACAUUGUUCGGGACUUUUAUAGUGAAGCCAGCAAGGUUGUGGGACAGUUCAAAGAUUCAUUUGCAUCUGAAGGAGAGAUUGCCCAUUCAGAGAUGUGGCAGAAGUUUAGCUCCAGACUAUCGCAAGAAGUGGGCACGCUGCGGGUAGAGGCACAGAGCAGAGCUGUUAUGGUUCUGGAAGAGUUAACUUCUCUUCAAACAGCCUCCCAGGGCUUUGAAGCCAACAUGAGUGCAAAGAUGGAGGGCUUCUGUCUUAAUGCAGAUCUUCAGGUCCAGCUGUUUGCAGCUCAAAUGGAGAGACUUUUUGUAGAUCUGGAGGAGGAGCUGUUAGCUCACACAGACUCUAGCCAGAGUACGUCCUCUUCCUCACUACACAGCGGCUCUCUGCAGGAGGACUUCUCUCUCAAACUGUCUUCUCUCAUUCAGGACAUUUUGCAUUCUGUACAGUGAGCCCCACUAAUGUUAUGUGUCAUGUAAUAUAAUG